AUGCGUGAAUACAAAAUCGUGGUAUUAGGAAGUGGUGGCGUUGGAAAAAGUGCUUUGACCGUACAAUUUGUACAAGGUAUAUUUGUGGAGAAAUAUGAUCCAACUAUUGAAGACAGCUAUCGAAAGCAAGUGGAAGUUGAUGGACAGCAAUGCAUGCUCGAAAUUUUAGAUACUGCUGGCACUGAGCAGUUCACAGCUAUGCGUGAUUUAUAUAUGAAAAAUGGUCAAGGAUUUAUAUUAGUUUACUCGAUUACAGCACAAACGACUUUCAGUGAUCUUACAGAUUUAAGGGAACAAAUUUUGCGUGUUAAAGAUACAGAGGAGGUUGAAUUUGCAUUUAUUACUAAAUUUGAACCAGAUUUCGUAUGGAAGGAUCUUUUCUGUUUAUAUUUUUUAAAAGAUUUGUAUAAUGAGUGUGGGAAAUUGUGUGGCUCUCUGUUAUAUAUAUAUUCGUCUGCAUAA